UCUGUCGGAAAAGCAAACGUGUGCGAGAAAGAGACGAAUCCUUGGCAAGAUUCCACCUCGACUUCCUCGUGUCCUCUCUCUCUCUCUCUAUCUCCUUCAGUGUCUGCAGCUGCAAGUACACUCUGGAACGCAGCGCACGCUCGCCGGCUCCGGAAUCCGGUCGAUCUCGCUCUCUCUCCAGCCCGAGAUCCUGCGGUGGAGGGAAGCCCAUCUGGCACAAAAAUGGUGGAAGAGAAGUCCAUGAUUGCAAAAGAUGUCACUGAAUUAAUUGGUAAGACCCCUCUGGUGUACCUCAACCAUGUCACCGACCGUUGCGUUGCCCGAAUUGCUGCCAAGCUAGAAAUGAUGGAGCCAUGCGCCAGUGUCAAAGACAGGAUUGGGUACAGUAUGAUUGUAGAUGCAGAGGAGAAGGGUCUUAUUCAGCCGGGGCAGAGUGUUUUGGUCGAGACAACUAGCGGAAAUACUGGGAUCAGUCUGGCAUUUAUUGCAGCUGUGAAGGGUUACAAACUUAUAAUAACAAUGCCUGCUUCAAUGAGCCUUGAAAGAAGAACCAUCCUUCGUGCAUUUGGAGCUGAGCUGGUCCUGACUGAUCCAGCCAAAGGCGCGAUAGGUUCCAUUCAGAAGGCGGAAGAGAUAGCAGCAAAGAUUCCAAAUUCAUACAUUCUUCAGCAGUUUGAAAACCCUGCCAAUCCCAAGAUUCAUUAUGAGACCACCGGACCAGAAAUAUGGAAAAGCACAGGUGGGAAAAUUGAUGUCCUUGUUUCUGGAAUUGGAACUGGGGGUACGGUAACUGGAGCGGGUAAGUUUCUCAAGGAACAAAACCCCAAUAUUAAGCUCUAUGGGGUAGAACCAGUGGAGAGUGCAGUUUUGUCUGGAGGGAAGCCUGGUCCUCAUAAGAUUCAAGGCAUUGGUGCUGGUAUCAUACCUGGAGUUUUGGACAUGGAUUUACUCGAUGAAAUAAUCCAGAUAUCAGGCGAUGAAGCUAUUGAAACUGCGAAGCAGCUCACAUUGAAGGAAGGCUUGCUGGUAGGAAUAUCAUCCGGAGCAGCAGCUGCUGCAGCAAUUAAGAUUGCGAGAAGGCCAGAAAAUGCUGGGAAACUCAUUGUUGUGAUCUUCCCCAGCGGUGGAGAACGUUACUUGUCAUCUGUGCUAUUCGAGUCUGUGAAGGAAGAGGUCGAGAAUAUGGUUUUUGAACACUGAGCAGACCGAGUUCCGGUCAAUAGAGACGCAUGGAUUUUGCGCUUCUCUUCGGAAACAUUCCAUGUGGUAAGUGUUUGCGUUAAGAAGGAUUGUUCUCUGGCUGUAUCAUUGUGAGCUGUUGAAGCUGACAACAGAACUGGAGAUCUGAGAAAGCCCAACAUUCCCAGCAGCUUCCAUCAACUAAUUAGAAAAGGUAGAUUGAAUACACAAUGACGGAUUGAGAUGAAGUGACUUAUUGUAAGUAGGCCUUCGAACAAACCAGCCAUAUUUCAACCGUCCAAUAGAACUGUUCCAUAUUACUUGAUAAACCAACUUACUAGAGUAGUUUUAGUAUAGCUUACAUUAUUCUUUACUGAACUGGCCUUAAAAGAUUUCCAGUACCAUACCAUCAAGACCAGAAACCAUUCUGUUGUUGGUUGCGGUCCAAUAUGAGCUUCCGUGAAACGAUAAUAGACAAUGGUCACACCAAGAGAAUCUUGUGAUAAUAUAGGGAAGGUAAAAAAGAAGGAUGACUUGCCUGCA